AUGGCGCUGCUCUCCUGGAGCGAUACAGGAGGAACAGUGGAGGCUGGAGGCUUUGAGCAGGAGGUCUGCAUGCUGCUGAGCGGAGGAGCUGUUAAAGAAGAACCGAUUCCGGAUCAGGAGCAGUGGGAACAGGAGCUCCACCCCAUAAAGGAGGAGCCGGAGGCCAGGUUUCCAUUCACUGCUGCUCAUGUCAAGGAUGAAGAGGAUGAAGCGAAACCUUCGAUCUCUGAGCCUGAACCACAACCAGAAGGUGGAGCUUUUCCAAGCGGCGCCUCGGCGAAGCUUCUAAAGGCAGAAAUCAAAGAAGAGGACUGUGGAGCAGAAGAAUCCAACAGAAAACCAGAUCUAAACUCUCCUGGUGGCUUUUUCAGCUGCUUCAAGACUAAAGACCACGAAGAUGAAAAGAUUUAUAAUGUAAAUCAUCAUAAAACUCUCCUCAAACGCCUGCCAGAUACUGAAGCUGAAGACGGUGAGCCGUGGGAAAUAAUAGCGGACAGAUCUACUCAGGUUCGAGGGACGCGCAAAACGAGAUGGAAACAGGAAGAUGUAGAUUUAUGGAAGGAAGGUCAGAACUACCGCGAAGGUGAUGAUACUAUAAGCAGGAAUCAAAAUAAGCUGAAGGACUUAACAAUCCGGAAAAAGGACAAAUCUUUCAGUUGUGAAGCAUGUAGUAAAAUUUUUUCCUCAAAGUCAAACUUGAACAGACACACAAAGAGCCACACAGGAGAGAAACCCUUUGGUUGUGAUGUUUGUGGUAAAAGGCUAACCUCAAAGGAUGUUUUAGACAGACACAAGAAAAUCCACACGGGAGAGAAACCCUUUACUUGUGAUGUUUGUGGGAGGCGGUGGCCGUCAAAGACCGAUCUGAACAGACACCUGACCAGCCACACUGGAGAGAAGCUCUUCAGUUGUGCCUAUUGUGGUAAAAGACUCACUUCAAAAUCAAUUUUAGACAAACACGUGAGAAUCCACACAGGAGAAAAGCCCUUUGUUUGUGAUGCCUGUGGUAAAAGGUGCAUCUCCAAGUCGGCCUUAAACAGACACAUCAAAAGCCACUCGGAGGAGAAACUCUUUGGUUGUGAAGUUUGCAAGAAAAGUUUCCCCCUAAAGUCUGAGUUAAAUACGCACAUGAAAAUCCACUCGGGAGAGAAACCGUUUAGUUGUGAUGCUUGUGGCAAAAGAUUUUUUUUCAAGUCGGCAUUAAAUAAACACAUGCGAAUCCACACAGGAGAAAAACCCUUUGACUGUGAUGCUUGUGGCAAAAGAUUUGCCACAAAGUUCAUCUUAACGUGUCACAUGAGAAGCCACACAGGAGAGAAGCCAUAUGCUUGUGACGCUUGUGGCAAAGGAUGCACUUGGAAGUCAGAAUUAAUUAAACACAUGAGAAUCCACACAGGGGAGAAACCAUUCGCUUGUGAUGUCUGUGGUAAAAGAUUUACAUGCAAGUCAGACUUAAACAAACACUUGAGAGUUCACACAGGAGAGAAACCAUAUUGUUGCAAUGUUUGCGGGCAAAGAUUUAGCACCAAAUUGAUUUUAAACAGACACAUGAGAAUCCACACAGGAGAGAAACCCUUUGCUUGUGAUGCAUGUGGGGAAAGAUUUCUUUGCAAGACGCAACUCAAAAAACAUAGGAGCGUCCACACAGGAGAGAAACCCUUUGGUUGUUAGGAUUGAGGUAAAAGAUUUGCAUCAAGUUUAAUCAGAAAGACGAGACACACAAGAGAAACCAGCUCUUCUUCUUGAAUAUUUAUCUGUAAACUAUGGAAGAGGAUUAAGGCAACAGAAAAAAUUAAAAAAUUAACAGCUUAAAAAAGUUAGUUAUUUCAGUUUAAU